UUUCCAUUCUCUGAUGACAUGACUGUGUCUCUCGUCCCGCAGUUUGGCUCGUCCUUCGCUACCUUCCGCCCCGCUCUUUUUCACUCUGGCUCCACCCGGCCUCUCUCUGUCAUUCUUCCUGUUCCUGCGUCCCCACCCUAUAACCGCCCCCCUGGAUCCAGCUCCUCCUCUCCCACAUCAAAGGUUCCUAUGUGGAAGGACUGGUCCAAAGCAGGUCAGUAUGAGCAGCCUGUGGCUGCAGCGGCAGUCCAGCGAAGAAGGGAACCUCUUGAUAGGCUGAGGGAGAGUGAGGCAUCACCGGGCUCCCAGGGAUAUGCUGGGCCAUCACAUCCUGAUGAUGGGCAGAGAGCCAGGAUGACGCCAGCUAACAUCGCUGCCAAGACUCAGUGA